UGUGCGCCGGCGCCGUCUCUCGCCUGGGAGGCAGGAAAGCUGCCAUGGCGAGCUCAGCCGCCUCGUCGGUGCGACCGCCCAGGCCCAAGAAGGAGCCGCAGGCGCUCAUCAUCCCCAAGAAUGCGGCGGAGGAGCAGAAGCUCAAGCUGGAACGGCUCAUGAAGAACCCGGACAAACCAGUUCCGAUUCCAGAAAAAAUGAGUGAAUGGGCACCUCGACCUCCCCCAGAAUUUGUCCGAGAUGUUAUGGGUUCAAGUGCUGGGGCCGGCAGUGGAGAGUUCCAUGUGUACAGGCACCUGCGUCGUAGAGAGUACCAACGACAAGACUACAUGGAUGCCAUGGCUGAAAAGCAAAAGUUGGAUGCAGAGUUUCAGAAGAGACUGGAAAGGAACAAAACUGCUGCAGAGGAGCAGACCGCAAAGCGCCGGAAGAAGCGUCAGAAGUUAAAAGAGAAGAAAUUAUUGGCAAAGAAGACGAAACUUGAACAGAAGAAACAAAAAGAAGGGUGUUUGAAAGUAUCCUGGCCUCUUGGGAACCAUGGUUUCAGGAGACAUCUAAGUCAAUUGGCGUAAUCAAAUCUAUUAAGAAGACAUUCUGCAUCCCACUUUGGAGAGUGGCGUCUGGGGUCUUAAACGCUAGCAAGCAGCCAUCUAAGAUGCAUCAAUUGGUCUCAACCCACCUGGACCAAAGGAGAAUGAAGAACACCAAGGAUACAGGGUAGUUACGAGCCCAAGAGACAAAAAGACCCACAGAGACUACAUCAGCCUGAGACCAGAAGAACUAGAUGGUGCCCAGCUUCAGCCUACAUCUGCCCUGACAGGGAACACAACAGACAAUCCCCAAGGGAGCAGGAGGGCAGUGGGAUGCAGACCCCAAAUUCUUGUAAAAAGACCAGACUUAAUGGUCUGAGUGAGACUAGAAGGGCCCCGGUGGUCAUGGCCCCCAGACCUUCUGUUGGCCCAGGACAGGAACCAUUCCUAAAGCCAGCUCUUCAAACAGGGAUUGGACUGGACAAUGGGAUGGAGAGGGAUGCUGGUGAGGAGUGAGCUUCUUGGAUCAGGUGGAUACUUGAGACUAUGUUGGCAUCUCCUGCCUGGAAGGGAGAUGAGAGGGUAGAGGGGCUUAGAAGCUGGCAAAAUGGACACGAAAACAGAGAGUGGAGGGAGGGAGCGGGCUGUCUCAUUAGUGGGAGAGCAAUUGGGAGUGUGUAGCAAGGUGUAUGUAAGUUUUGUAUGAGAGACUGACUUGAUUUGUAAACUUUCACUUAAAGCACAAUAAAAAAAAAAAAAAGUAUCCUGGCCUCUACCCACUAGAAGCCAGUGGCACCCUGCCCCCAGCCAUGACAAUAAAAAAGUCUCCAAACAUUGUCAAGUAUACCCAGUGGGGCUAUGGGGGCCAAAAUUGUCCCCAGUUGAGAGCUACUGAUCCAGAGGCAGGUAUCUGGUGUUCAGAAGGCACUCAGUAUGUUUCGAAUGCGACUGUUUUUUUCUUAUACAUACUAUGUUGGAAGACUUUCCAUAUCCUUUGUGUCUUUUGACAAUAAGGUAAUACUUGAUGGUCUGAGAAAUUUUUGGAAUGUGUAAAGAAGAAUAAAGAAAAAAAAUUAUCUAUAAUCCUUACCAGAAAUAGCUGUGUUAACAUUUUAAUGUAAUUUCUUUGAUUUAAGUUUUUAAUGUAAUUAAAAAACCAGUUGCUUUCAAGUUGAUUCCGACUCACGGUGACCCCAUGUGUUGCAUAGUGGAACAGUACUCCGGAAGGUUUUCGUGGCUGUGAACUUUAGGAAGGAUCGCUAGGUCUUUUCUUUCUAGGUACCUCAGGGUAGGUUUGAAGCACCAACCGUGCAGUUACUAGGCCAGCACUUAACCAUUUGUGCCACCAGGGGCCUAAUAUAAAAAUACAUGUUAUGCAAACCUUAUUUAAAUAAAUACCACAUUUAUAGUCUCAGAUUUAUCGUGUAACAUUGUAUCACAGGUUUUUCCCCAUGUCCUUAUAAUUCCAUGGUACAAGGAUAUUUUUUCUAGUUGACUGAUUGACCAGGCAAAAAAGAGGUAAUGUCUGCUUCAUUUGCAUUCACUGGCAUUUUACUCAGUAUUUCCGCAAUUAAAUAAAAUCUCAGAUUCCUGAAUUGUAAAAUAUUAUGUAACAAUAGUGUAAUGUAAUGGAAGUCAACAAUGGAAGAACUCAAUACUGUCUUCCUAAUGGAUCCUAAUGGAUCACUAUCCAUCUGUGAGUUCUCUUUAAUCUCUCUCCAUAUGCACACAUCACUUACAUACUUACAGUAUGUGAACGGUUUUGUAUUUUGCUUAUUUUAUUAACACUGUAAGCAUCUCCAUUCCUUCAUACCUUUUAAUAACAUUCCAGCAACUGACAUGCCAUGAUAUAACUCCUUCCCCUUUAUUAGACCCUAGACUGAUUUCAGUUUUUCCCUAACGGGGAAGAUACUUCCGAGAAUAUCAUGUACCUGUCUCCCCUUUCAGGGUUCUUUCCUUCAGGUAGAUUCCAACAGUGGGAUUUACUCGGUCACAGUAUGAAAAGAAUUCAUGGCUCUUCAAAUGCGUUGGCAGAUAUUUUCCAAAGGGGUAGUACCAGUUUUUACUGCCAUCAACAGUGUGCAGUAGUGUAUGCUUUUACCACAUCCUUGCCAGCCCUAACUUUGAAAAAUUAUUCUUCCUCCACGUGUAUAAGAAUGAUGCUUAUUAGAGGAAGUCUAUUGGGAAUUUAGUAAAAGCCUUGCAAAAAUGUAGAUCCCAGUCUUGCUAGGCCAUGAAAGCAGCUUCUGCUCUCUUCCCAUGCCUGCUCCCCAUCCCCAAACACACACACACACACCACCCACCUGUUUACAGCCUCGAAAACUUUUUAAAACAUAGAUUGGAUUGUCAUUCAUUCUUCUGUAUAAAUAAUAAACAGUAGCUGACAUUUAUUGAACAUUUAUUAUGUACUACCCCAGUUCUGACUGCUUUUCUUAUAUUAACUAAUUUAAUGCUCGCAGCAGCGCUGUGAGGUAGGCCUUAUUCUUAUCUCCAUUUACAAAUGUGGGGGACCUCAGGCACAAGACUGUGAAGGUGCUCACAGAGCCCCAGAACUAGUUAGUGGCAGGGCUUGAUCCCAGGUUGUGUGUCUCUCUUGGCUGUAAACUUAUCCAUGAAGUUAUCCUGCUUAAAACCUAUUUCUGCGGCACCUGGGACUCCUGGCCCUCACUGUCUGGCCCCUCUGGUCUCUCUCUACCAGUGUGGCCUGGCCGCUCCCGCCCACACGCCCUCUCUCCAGCCUUGCUUACAGCCUCUGUCCUUCAGCCUCACUGCACAUGCUCAGGCCUCUGUGCUCUUUUCUGUCUCAUGCUGACUCCUCAUCUCCCUGGAGAUUUUUACUUGUCCUUCCUGUUGUAGUGUUUGUGUUUUUCUAAAGCCUUUCCUAACCUUCCUCCUCAGCUUCAACCUAACAGAUCUAGCCUUUACCUCCACCUUGCUCCCUUAGGGUUUUGCACAUACUCCGUUAUACACCUGCUCAAUCAAAUGCUGUGCUUAUCUAUCCAGCUGUAUAAUCUCAGUUCCACGAGAGUAGGAAAGUUGGUGUU